AUACUCUUUUUUUGUUUUAAGAUUCCACCCCUUCCCUUUCCUUCGUUUUUUCCCCCUAGGCUCCCACGCCUUUCCUCGUAAAAAAAUAGAAGACUGUCGCCCCAAUGUGGAAAAACAAGGUUAAAAAAACACUCUUUCCCGCCAAAAAGCUACUCAUAGUCACCCUCUUUAUAUGACAGUUACCCUUUUACCUCAGGUCCAUACUUGGCCAGAGCCACAGAGAGAGAGAGAGAGAUGAGGGGGACAUCCAAGGUGAUAAUGGGGGCAACCCUAGUAAUGGUGGUGAGCCUUGCCAUGGUUCUAGGCCUAAUCCUGGUGCUGCUAGCUGAGCUCUACUGUUCUCUCUUACUCCGCCGGCGUCAGCUCAGAACCACCACCUCUGGCGCCGCCACGGCCACAGUAAAUGCUACUACAGCCACAAACACUAAAACUUCUUCUUCCCCGCCCUCACUACCCAAGGACCAGUCAUCUCCUUCCCCUCACAGUAGUUUCUAUGCACAAGGGGUUCUCCAGGCUCCGAGAAGCUUACUCUUCCCUGCAAUUUCUCCCAAAGAAGACAAUGCAGAAGAAACCAAGAAGCAGCAUUCUCUGCUUCAUCAUGUCAUUGACUUCCAACUCCAAGAGUCCGGCACAAGCCCUCGUCAAAUUGGACUAGUACUAUCUGCUUCUUCCCCUCCAACUCUCUUAACGCCGAUUCAUCAACAAGUCCAUAUUCAAGGUGUUGGUAAUGGUAGUCAUGAUAAAGCUGGUGCUUUUGAGAAGCAUUUUGUUUACAUUUCUAAUCCCAUUUAUGACGAAUUAAAUGCUGGGCCAAGCAGAGUGGAUACUCCAUUUGAAACUCCGGACAUGUCCCCUUCUCGACUGGAAACGGAUGGUUCCUCGGGCGAUGAUAAAGAGGUUCCCCAAUCAUCUGCAUGCAACCCUUCAAGCCCAGGCACGCCGCCUUUGACUCCAAUGAAGAAGCUCCCAGCCGAGGCUUGCUCUAUCUCUCUCAGAGAUGCCAGGCCUUUAGGCACUUCAGGUAGUGAUUCUAACAGUAAAGACGGUCUAUCUUCAUCAUCAUCAGGUUCUCCUUGUACUUCUCCUUCAUGGUGAUGCUGAUGCAUCAUCCAUGGCAUGAUCAGAUCGCAUGCGGGGGGAGCUUUGUUUUCUGCUUUCUUGUGGGUUUGAUGUGAAUAGAGCAACGUUGAUGGAGGUUGUACAAGAGAAGAAGACAGCGAUGUUUGAGAGUCAGAGGGUAAAAGAGCUUUUCUCUGCAUGCGUGCCAUGCCUCUCCCACCGAAGCCACGCCUUUAGACCUAACUAUUUUUCGUACUCUUUCUUUCCCCUCUCUAUAUGUACGUUGCAGAACUGCUUUCUGUUUGUUUGAAGUGUUUGUGUGGAUGUUUUUGGAUAUUGGUAGAAAAAUAAGCCAUUGUUUC